CGCAAGCCCCGCCUCCAUCUUAUCCGCUCAUGGAACCGUGGCAGGGGGGCAUCACCGCCGCCAUCACGAGCGGGAGGACUCCUUGGAGCCCGCGCCGGUCUUCACGUCGUGCGGCCGCCCUCGCUAGAAGCUGGUCUUCAAGGCUCGCCGGCCCUCCAUCCUCAGCAGCGCCGCGGCAGGGGGGCGUCGCCGCUGCCAUCGCGAGUUGGGACGACUUCCUAGAGCCCGCUCCGGUCUUCUCGUCGGGCGGCCGCCCUCGCGAGAACCCGCUCUUCUCAGCCCGGCGGCCCUCCAUCCUCAGCGGUGCCGCGGCAAGGGGUAUCUUCGAGGUCCUCCCGCGACGCUCUCCUAGUCGUGCGGCUGCCCCAGAGCUGCUCCGCGGCGAUGGGUCCGCCGAGGGGAACCCCUGCCCGUGCGCCUGCUACUGCUGCAUGGUGGCGCCCCACUGCCCGGUGAGGAAGUAGGUGCAGCGGUGCGAGGACACGUCUGUCCUGAUCACCACGUACGAGGGCCAGCACAACCACCAUCUCCCGCCGGCGGCCACGGCCAUGGCGUCCACGACCUCCGCCGUGGCGGCCAUGCUCACCUCGGGCUCCACCUCCUCCUUCCCGGCCUCGCUCGCCCACGGCCAUCACCUCGCGCUCGCGGCCACCGGGCUGCUCGGCCCGACCACCAUGGUCUCCACCGCCGAGUCAUGCCCCACCAUCACGCUCCACCUCACGACUGCGGCGGCGCCGCACUCCAUCAUGCACCCCUCGUCCUUACGAGUCUAAGGCGGUCCCGGUAGCUUGGAGCAGCGGGUACCUGGCAUACGGCGCUGCACCUCUGUCCUACUACGGCAAGAGCCCGCCGGCGCUGGGGCACCUAUUCGGCGGCGGCAUGGGCGGGUCGUCGAGGCUGGAGCAGCUGUACGCCGCACAGAUGUACCUGCAGAGGACGAGCAGCCUCGGGGGCGGCCAUGGCACGGCGGCGCCGGCCGUCACGGACACUCUCGCGAAGGCAAUCACGUCAGACCCGUGCUUCAGCCUACAGGGUUUUUUUUUCUAUAACGCUGGAAGAAGUGACCCUAGAAGGGAAGGGAAGGGCAAACAAGUCUUUUCCUAUUGUUAGUCCGAUGUUUUGACGGCGUUACUAACGGUGUGGAUGUGGAGUUUGGAUGAAGGAUGUAACUGAAGCGGAGAAUAUAGUUCGAGGACUAAAUUGGCCCAAACAAAAAUACAGAGACGAACUUGACCCUUUCCUAAGAGUUCGGGGACGAUUUUAGCUAUUUUGCCUUUUGUUUAGCUACAUUUAAUACUUCAUGCAUGUGUUCAAAGAUUCGAUGUGAUGUGACUCUUGUAAAGUUUUGGAAUUUUGAAAGCAACUAAGGGCUAGGUGUAGCUUUUCUAGAUCGUUCCUCCACGAGAAAAAGAGCACUUUCUGUAGACCGUAGGGAAGUAGCGAUAAAAGAAAAAUAGCUCAAAGCAAGCAGGA